CAUCAAAGCAUUGCAGAGAUGUACGAAAACGAGGCUAACGAUUUGAAUCGUGCCGUGCAACACUACGAACAGGCGGCAGACUAUUUCAAGGGCGAAGAGUCAACAAGUUCAGCCAACAAGUGCAUGAUUAAGGUGGCCACGUACGCAGCCCAGCUGGAAGAUUACGAUAAGGCCAUCCAAAUCUACGAACAAGUUGCCGGAUCCUGCCUGGAUAGCUCGCUACUGAAGUACAGUGCGAAGGAGUACUUCUUCCGGGCGGCUUUGUGCCAUCUUAGCGUGGAUCUUCUCAAUGCUCAACACGCGCUCGAAAAAUACGCACAACAAUACCCGGCCUUCCAGGACUCUAGAGAAUACAAAUUGGUGAAGACCCUGUGCGAACAUCUGGAGGAACAAAACGUGGACGGUUUCACAGAGGCUGUCAAGGAUUACGAUAGCAUCUCUCGGCUGGACCAGUGGUAUACAACUAUAUUGUUGAGAAUCAAGAAGCAAGCUAACGAUAAUCCCGAUCUGCGAUAAAUCAUCUUAACUCAAAGCAGAACAAUAUAUUGGAGAAAACCCCAUCUGUCUUUAUUAUUCGUUCAAUUCGCGAGAUAUUUGUUAAUGAUAUAGCAUACAGAAUAAGACACUAACCGAUUAUUCAUUGAAUGUGUGCGUGCUAAGACAACAGCAGAACAGAAACGUAGGACUGUAAUCCAUUUAAUCCUCGUUUUCAACAUUAUACUAUCAAUUAUAUAAUGAAACUAGCAAUUAAGUGAAAAGACUUUACAUGAAUUAUUAAUAUUAACAUAGAGGGUUUAUCUUUAUCAAGCAAAAUAUGUUUUGUUUUUAUUUUAUUUUUGCGGAACUAUCAUUCCGAUCAGUUGUUAUCAAAUCAAGAAAAACAAGUAUGAUGCAUUGCAAAGCAAAAAAAAACGACUCGUUCAAAUAUGGUUAAAAAAGCUUGUGACAUUUAUGUUUCUGAUUGAUAAAUUCAGCAGGCUCAGCUGAUGUAUAUCUGAAAAAUUGAAAACGUUUACCCGUUCCAUGCUACACAGUAAAUAAUUCAGCUCACUAGUCAAUCGAAAAAGCAGCACAGUUAAUCGAACUUGUCAAAUCGAGAAUACAUCGCGAUACAUAUGUUUAGUGAAAAUCGUUGUACGCAAAUAAAACCAAUCAUUGGAAAAACAAAUUCGAUUUUAGCAACAUUUGAAGUAAAAAAAAAACAAAUCUAAAAAAUAUUAAAAUCCCCUCAAUGACUUUUAACCCCACAUGCUUCUAAAGUCAAACGCAUCUUAAUCUAAAGAAAACAAAAAAUAAACAUCUUUAAAACAGACACCACAUACAACAAUAGGCAGUGAGUUCAAAACCGGAAUCGGUGAAUACAACUGAAGAAUUUACGGAAAACAAAACUACCCACUCUAUGAUAAAACAUCUAAGAAUAUCUAAUAAAAAGAUAAAAAAUCUUAUCCCUAGCUGCAAAUCACUAACGAAAAAGAGAAGGAGAAAAUUUAAACAAAAAAGGACAAAAUAUUACGGCGAUUCAAAUCUAGGACUUGUUAUCAUAGUAAAAGAUUAAAGUAAUAAAAUCACUACUACAGCAGAAGACACACCUAAUAAAUCUGAUUUGAUCGAGAAAUGGAAAUCAAUUGAAAUAAAUCGCAAAAUGUGAGAACUAAACCACACCAGAAAAUCUAAAACGUACUUAUUGGCGGCAGGAUUUUUGAAGAAACCACCCAUCUUGUUGUAGGCAGACACGAUUCGUCGGUCGCUCGUCGAUUGUUCGGGAAGCCAGAAGAGAUUGAAAAGCGACAAAAAAUAGCUCUUACAUUUGCCAGUAAACUAUCACGAACAAGGAAAACGAUUGAAAAAGAAAAGGAAACAAAAGAAAAAUGAUUAACUGACUUAAAACUUCAUGUUUUCGAAUGCGAUAAAUAAUAAAAAUAAUAUACUGUGAA